GAUUCAAUAUUUCCUUUCCCAUCCCUACAUCUUUUUGCAAAAAGACAGUGGAGUUGCCAGAGGCCUGCAGAGCCGCCACUUUUUUAAUUCAUAUUUUGAUUAUUUAUUUUCUUUUUUUUUUACUUUUUAUUUAUGAAUGCAUAAUAUAUAAAUUAUGGAUUUCUCACAAUCCCUUAACUUCGGGAAUAGUACCUUGCUACAGCUUGAAAAAGGAAUUCAAGAUGCUGGUAAGGAUAACGACUUGCAUGCAAACGCCUCAAGUGGGAAACAUGUUCGGGACACUACUGGAAACAUAGAAGACAACUACUCUGACUUCUUCAAGAGCGACUUCUCAAUAGUCAUCCAAAAGUCAGACGAUCCCUUUGAGUCUCAACCACACUUUAAUGUGUCCCACAUCGAGGCAAUACUGGGCAUCUCACACAACGAAUGCGGAAAGCCACUUUCCCCGACAACAAUAAAUUCCCGUCUCUGUUCCGAGGACGUGUUUGGGGACGAGGAUGAGGAGCAGGCGCCCCAACCAGAGCCGGAGGAACAUCCGACAACUAUAAAUUCCCAUCUCUGCUCCGAGGACGUGUUUGGGGACGAGGAUGAGGAGAAGGCGCCCCAACCAGAGCCGGAGGAAAAUCUGGACGAAAGCAGUUUUUUGGCACCCGUUCGAGAUCAGCGAGCCUCGGAGCAGCUAAAGGUCGACAUAAUGCGAAGUUGCAUGGUGGCUAAGCAGGGGGAAUUGCAUGAUGUCUCUAAGAUAACCCAGAAUCUGAGUAGCAUGUCGCCCGGCCAACUGAAACUAUCUCCCGAUUCCUUCAGUCAGGUGGAUUACGCACAAAAAAAGAAGUCUUCGGCUGCGCCAGUCCCCGUUGAUCUGCAAUCUUUAAAAUCUAUUUUUGCGUGGAACCUUCCGCCUUCGAUUUCGGCUGUGUACAAGCGGAAAGGCGUAGUCCAGAUGUUCGACUGGCAAGUGGAGUGCCUGAGCAAGAGGAGCGUGCUGUUCGAUCAUUGCAACCUGGUCUACUCCGCACCCACGUCCGCGGGAAAGACACUGGUCAGUGAGAUUCUACUCAUAAAAACUGUCUUGGAGCGCCGCAAGAAGGUUCUUCUCAUUCUGCCGUUUAUCUCGGUGGUGCGGGAGAAGAUGUUCUACUUGCAGGACCUCCUAGUUCCAGCUGGCUACAGGGUAGAAGGGUUCUUUGGUGGCUACAACCCACCUGGUGGCUUCGAAAAUAUUGAUGUCGCCAUCUGUACAAUUGAGAAAGCGAACUCCAUUGUAAAUAAACUCCUCGAGCAGGAUAAACUCGACUCAAUUGGCACUGUGGUUGUGGAUGAGGUGCAUCUAAUCUCGGAUAAGGGACGUGGCUACAUCCUCGAGCUUUUGCUGGCCAAGAUCUUGUAUAUGUCGCGUCGCAAGUCCCUCCAAAUCCAGGUGAUUACUAUGUCGGCCACCCUGGCGAAUGUGCAGCUACUUCAGCGCUGGUUGGAUGCCGAGCUUUACAUCACCGACUACCGUCCAGUUGCCUUAAAAGAGAUGAUCAAGGUGGGCACAAAAGUUUUCGACAACCAACUACAGUAUGUCCGCGACGUUUCCCAGCAGUCGGAGCUACAACAGGCAUUGGGCAACGACUCCGAUCAUGUGGCUCAGCUAUGCAUAGAAACAUUGCUAGAAGGCUGCUCUGUAAUUGUAUUUUGUCCUUCCAAGGAUUGGUGCGAGAACCUGGCCGUCCAACUAGCCACAGCCAUGCAUGCCCUGAUCAAAUCUGGCUCGGAUCUGGGCCGUCGUCUGCGGUCUAACCUUAGCCCAGAGGCCCUCGAAAAUGUAAAGCAGCAACUAAGAGAUAUUCCCACAGGCCUCGAUGCCGUCAUGUCCAAGGCUGUAACUUGUGCCUGUGCAUUCCACCAUGCUGGCCUCACCACCGAGGAGCGUGACAUCGUGGAGACCGCCUUUAAAAGUGGGGCUCUGAAGGUUCUGGUGGCCACGAGCACUUUGAGCUCCGGGGUAAACUUGCCCGCUCGAAGAGUGCUAAUACGGUCGCCGUUGUUUGGGGGGAAACAAAUGAGUUCACUUACCUAUCGCCAGAUGAUUGGUCGAGCUGGGCGUACAGGCAAGGACACCCUGGGCGAGUCCAUACUCAUUUGUACCGAAAGCAAUGCGCGAAUAGGACGUGAACUUGUUACUGCGCAGCUGCAACCCAUCUCAUCCUGCUUGGAAAUGGACGGAAGUACGCAUCUCAAACGAGCCCUACUAGAGGUUAUUUCAUCUGGAGUGGCCACCACCAGACAGGACAUCGACCGAUUUGUCAAUUGCACUCUAUUAAGUGCUCAAAAAGCCAUGAAAAACGACGAAAAUCCAGUAGCAGAUGAGGAGUCGGACUCCAACUACAUUAACGAUGCCCUGGAUUUCCUCAUUGAGUACGAGUUCAUCCGUUUGCAGACAGACGAGGAGACUGAGACUUCUGCAUAUGUGGCCACACGGUUGGGAGCGGCCUGUUUAGCUUCUUCCAUGCCACCGACCGAUGGCCUUCUUCUCUUUGCCGAGCUACAGAAGUCUCGACGCUGUUUCGUUUUAGAAUCAGAGCUGCAUGCUGUCUAUUUGGUCACUCCAUACACCGUGUGCUACCAGCUCCAGGAUCUCGAUUGGCUAAUAUACCUGGACAUGUGGGAGAAGCUGAACCCGGCCAUGAAGAAAGUGGGUGAGCUGGUAGGCGUAAAAGAAUCAUUUCUGGUUAAGGCGAUGCGAGGCCAAACCAAUCUGGACUACAAACAAAUGCAGGUGCACAAGCGCUUCUAUACCGCCCUGGCCCUGCAGGAGCUAGUUAACGAAACUCCUAUCAAUGUUGUGGUUCACAAGUUCAAGUGCCAUCGCGGGAUGCUCCAGACUCUCCAACAAAUGGCUUCCACAUUUGCUGGAAUUGUAACUGCGUUCUGUACGUCACUCCAGUGGUCCACGCUUGCCUUGAUUGUGUCCGAGUUUAGGGAUCGACUGUACUUCGGCAUCCACAGCGACUUGAUCGAUUUGAUGCGACUGCCCGAUUUGACCCAAAAACGUGCCCGAGCUCUCUUCGAUGCCGGCUUUAAAAACUUGGUGCAGUUGGCUGGCGCAGAUGUACUAGCGCUGGAGAAAGUGCUCUUCAACUCAUUGAGUUUCGACUCCGCCAAGCAGCACGACCACGAGAAUGCAGAGGAGGCGGCCAAGCGCAAUAUGGUGAGGAAUUUCUUCAUCACUGGCAAAGCGGGAAUGACAGUCGCCGAAGCUGCCAAGUUGCUCAUUAGUGAAGCCCGCCAAUUUGUGCAGUAUGAGUUUGGAGCUGGGAGCAUUAAGUGGACGCAGGAACAACCAGGUGAAACAGAACAAAAGUUAGAGGAUGGUGCCACGGAGGCUAACAUGAAGGUGCCCUUAAAUGAUAGUACUACUAAGCGCAGGAAAUCAAAGAAAAACUUGAAACUUAUUGAAGAGAAUGAAAAUCGUUCUCAGCAGCAGGCGCCACUAAAAAGAAUGGUCAGUGAAGAACAAAGCAUUGCUCUUAUUUUAUCUCCGCCUAAACAACCAAAAGUAGCUUCUGCCAAUGAACCCAUCCUACAACCAGGAAUGAUCGAUACUAACUCGCAGAUCGCUAGUCUGGGACAAACAUGGAACCAGCCUUCGACAAGUACUGUUCCUGUCCAACAGACAAGGAGUGGCUCAACUGAAAAAGUACAAAUAUUAAAUUGUCUUGAAAUCGCACCGAACGGUGCUGUUACCGAACGAGUAUUUCAGAAUCUACCACAACAUAUUCUUACUGGGAAGCCAUCUCCAUUAAAACAAACCCAGUCGAUGGCAUCUAAGAGAGAGUCUAAGCAGAAGACACCAAAGAAACCAGAAGUUAACAAAACUGGUACAUCGUCCAAUGGGUUAGUUCCGGAGAAUCCGAUUUUAAAUCCACAAGAGCUUUUGAAAAAGGAAGUUGAAGAACGCAAAAGAAUUGCCCAGAUGAAGAUGAAUCAGAAACUGGAACAAAUGCAAAAUCAGCGGCAAACCCCUGUCGGUAGUACAAUGACUGUAAUGGACGCCUAUCCGAAGAAGGGAUUAGUUGAACCAACCUCCCUGAUGCCUCUGCAAACCGACGCCCACGACAAUCGUAAGUCCCCUUCUUCGAGUGACAUUUCGGUAAGUGUAGGGUCUUCUUCUGAAGCCUCGAAUACUACGAGUCGCACCUCUUCGAGAAAAGGUUCUGCGAUUGAAGAGGAUCUCUUUCUAAGCGAUGACUCUUUUAUGAUGAGCUCUGGAGUAACCGCAGCCCUAACGGCGGUAGAAAGGAAGACUCCAUUAGAGGUGCUGCCGGAGACAGACGAGAUUCCCAGCUCCCAGCCUAAGGAACCAGAAACUGUUGCUCCAUUGACUCCCCACGCUUCGCGACUCAUUAGAUCCCAUAUACUACGAACACAGCGCCUUCAGUCAAGUCCCAGAUCAAUAACAUCCCAUUCAUCGACAAGUUCCUCGAGUGCACAAGGAACGGAAGGCACAGAUACAUCUGAUGCAUCUUCGGCAGUGGAAUGCUCAGACUUCACUCUGGAAAAUUCUCUGUUCAAGCAUCCCCUCGAGUUGAAUGCGUCGUAUGUUCUGUCCUGCCCCACGGAUGUUAACAAUGCCUCAAGUUUAACAAAAAUAUCUAUAACGGACGUAUGUGAAAGUAAUCACUUGUUCGAAAUAGCAACCAAGAAACUUUCGGAGGCGACUACUUGUGGACUGAGCGUGGGAUUGAAGUCUCAUGCUGGAAAUUCAAAGCCACUGAUCGGUGCUAACUUGCUUAUAAACCAAAUGGGGGAAUUGGAACAGGGGGAAGCGACUAACUCCCAAAUCCUGUUCCAAGUAGACGACAGCACGUAUAUUGACUGCUUAUCCUUUUGCGUGGAUAGCCAUUAUGUAGUCCAUUUCAAAAUGCAAGAAGAGAAGGGACGCGGAGUGUCCACAAGCUUGAAACUGCAGGAAAUUAGCAAGAUCUUUGCCCGUACAGAUCUCACUUUGGUUAUGCACAAGACCAAGGAUCAGCUGAAGGUGAUCCUCCAGGCUAUUCCAGAAUUAAAGACAAUCGCUGUUAAGUUCGAGGAUCCCAACGUGGCCAGCUGGCUGAUGCAACCGGACAGAAACUGCAGUUUUCAAAAUAUGUGCCAGCAAUAUGCUCCGGAGUGCUUGAAUCUGCUCAAUCUCUGUGGCAGCGGCCUAGGCUACACCAGCUACGGUCUCGAUGCCUCGAGUGAAGUAUCAGCCCAGGUCAGAGCUCAAGUAGAAGCAUGUGUCUCAGUGCAUAUACUUAACGGCCAAAUGAAGAGCCUAGAAGAGCAUCAAUUCAUCAAAGUUUUCAGAGAUAAUGAAAUGCCAUUAUGCCUGAUUCUGGCCCAAAUGGAAGUUAUUGGAUUUCCGGUUAAGGAGCAUCGCCUCGGUAACCUGAUUAGCCAAAUAGCCGGCAGUAUGAAAAAGCUGGAAGCUAAGAUCUUCGAGCUGAACGGCUCUAGGUUCAACAUCAACUCAUCCCAGGCGGUGGCCAAGGUACUGGGCAUCCAUCGAAAGCCAACUGGACGCGUGAGCACAUCACGUGAAGUCCUAGAAAGAUUGGAAGCGCCUAUAGCCAAUCUGAUAUGCCAAUACCGAAAGCUGAACGCGCUGUUGGUCAAAAAUGUGCAACCGCUGAUGAAGUGCUGCCUUAAUAACAGGAUUCAUGGUCACAGCAUUACGAACACGGCAACGGGUCGCAUUUCUAUGGCCGAACCCAAUCUACAAAACGUUGCCAAAAACUUUGUAGUGGAUGUACAAGAUCGAGGCGCCAUUGUAUCUUGCCGAUCCGCAUUCAUGCCCAUGGAUUCUACGCGUUGCCUGUUGUCGGCGGACUUUUGUCAGCUGGAGAUGCGAAUUUUGGCGCAUUUAUCGCAGGACAAGGCACUUGUGGCGGCGAUGAACUCCCCAAGGGAUAUCUUCACAUCCAUAUCGGCGCACUGGCACCGGAUGAACGAGUCCGAGGUGUCGGACCAAUUACGAGAGGGAACAAAAAAAAUCUGCUAUGGAAUAAUUUACGGUAUGAGUAUGCGCAAGUUAGCGGAUGAACUGAAUGUCACGGAGCAAGAGGCUGAAGUAUUAUCCGAGCAGUUCCACUCGAAUUAUCCGGGCAUUAGGUCCUACACUAAUAGACUGAUAAAGUAUGCCCGCCACAAGGGCUACGUGGAGACUAUAACCGGACGACGUCGGUAUCUAGAAAACAUUCGCAGUGAGGACGCAGGAACAAGAAAAAAAGCCGAACGCCAGGCAGUUAACUCUACCAUCCAGGGAUCUGCCGCGGACAUUGCCAAAGUGGCCAUUAUAAAGAGUGUAAAGUAUAUGCGUCGACAUUGCCAGAAACUGUUCAUUGACGAGAAUUCGGUUAACUUGGUCCUCCACAUCCACGACGAGUUGAUGUUUGAAGUGCCCGCCGACAAAGCAAAAAAAAUAGCCAAGUUGCUGAAGGUGGUCAUGGAGGCCAGCGCUCGAUUGACGGUUCCACUCAAGGUGAAGCUGAAGAUGGGAAGUUGUUGGGGAAAUCUUGAAGAAAUCAAGGUUUAAUAAGUCUGACCAUUUAUCUAGUUUUUAUAGGAGUGCUCCAGCAGGACUACCACUGUUUAAGAUGUACCAUUUUAUUUAGUACACAUUUAUUCAGAUUUUUCCUAUUUAGUUCUACCUUGCAAAAGAAAAACCAAAGAUUGGACACAGAGUUCGUGGCACAGGAGUUAAGAUUUUGUUUAAAUCAUUGUUCAAAUAUACACGUAGUUCUCCAGACGUUUUAUUUUAUCGAACACUAUCCAAAUGGUUUAAAUAAUUUUUAAAAGACUGAAAAUUAAAUAUUUUGAGACUGCUUUUCCUCCCACUCAGUCCAUGAUCCCUUGUAAGCUUUAGCGCUGUGAAUUAAUAAAAGAAUAGUGAAUGGAUUAAAGUUUAA